AUGAAACACGAAUGCGAUUGUCCUCCUCAUCCUAUAUUUUGUGUUGCUGAAAAUAAGCAAAGUCGAAAUUCUUCUGUACCUAAACUCCCAGAUAUAAAGCCAUCAGAUCCUUAUUUUUUACCCGGAUACACUGGAUGUACUCCAAAAACCGGUCCUCAGAGGCUGUUUGAGUACGGAAAAACCUAUGGCCAUUACACGCAUAGGCAACUAUCUGAUCAUCCUAUUGGUGGUAGCCGGUUGUGUCAACUACCACAAGAUCAAUACAUCAAGCCAGUAGAGACUGAAUUAAAUCCUCUUCAUAAUGACUGCUGCACAGAUCCAGUAGUUGAGACAGUUGAAGUGCUUCCCGAAGUCCCGGAAGGAACAUUCUGUAACCCGCACAGAUCUAUAGAGCCUCAUUUCAUUCCCGGAUAUACUGGAUUUGUUCCUGGUUCUGGGAUAAAAAGAUCCAAUGGGAUUGGUGAAACAUACGGUCGCAUGUCUCAUAUACUUUUGUGCAAGAAUGACAUUGCAGGAAACCGGCUAAGACCUAUAUAUGAACCACUUCCUAAUGAAAUUCUAAGAGAGGAGGAUAUGAAGUUUUUCUGCAAUAGACAUGAGCUAAAUAGAAUCGAUAUUAGACGCAGAGUUGGGAGCUUACCGGGGUAUGCGGAGCACAUUCCAAGAGCCUGGCUACGUCACGGAAAAAAUUCAACAACCAUUGCCAAUAAUUGUAUAGCAGAAUUCGAAAAAAUGCUUAACGGUUAA